AUGUUAGUGAAGUAUAUUGGAUCUCUUUCUGAGGAGUCUACCGAAUUCAAAGAAUUAUGUAACUGUUUGCCUGAGGAUGUCGAAAAGGGAAAAGAAAACCUUUUGAAAUGUGUAAGAGGUCCAUUCUUUCAGCAAGCAGUUGACAUUUUGGACUUAGCUACGAAGCAGAGCUAUUCGGGACAACAACUCUCACAAAUGUUUGGAUAUUCGUAUACCGGAGAAGGACCACGAGCUCUACUGGAAGGACUUAGAAAUAAGGGCCUCCAGGAAAAGCUAAAGAAGCAAGAUUCACAAUCAGAAUAA